AUGAGCGGAUAUUCCGGCCACAUCCUUCCGCGUCGGCGGAAAGACACCGCUUCUAACACUGACAGUAACCGUAACGUCAACGUUAACGUUAAUAUUGACGAUGACGACGAUGACGAAGACGGAGUGGUUACGGCGCGUCCCGUGCUGCGGAGAGGCGCAAACCGCGGAGGUUCCGCGGACCUUGCGCCGUCCGCAGAGGCGCAGCUGGUCGCAGCGGCGGCGGAUAUGCUCCGCGGAUUGGGCGGCGCGGCGCAGCAGACUGGGGGAAUCGGAGGCUCGGGCAACUUACACCGCGCAGCUUCCCCACGCGGAAUCCCUCCUGCUGGAAAGCGCUCCCCCCUAUCCAACUCCUCGUUCUCCCCCCAUGCGCCCCACGCUCCCCGCUCCCCCUCCCCCCUCGGCGCACCCGCUUCUUCCCCGUUCCGCCGUCGUCGCGCCCGGUUUCCUUCUCCUUCCGCCUCCCCCCACGCCGGCAUGCCUUCCCCCUCCGCUUCCCCCCACGCACGUAUGCCUUCACCCUCCGCCUCCCUUCGCGCACCCCCCGCUUCCCCCCGCACCUUUGCCCCACCAGCCUCCCCCAACGCUCUUCCCCGGUCGUCCUCCCCCCACGCCCCCCCAUCCGCCUCCCCCCGCGCCCUAGUGUCUUCCCCUUCCGCCUCCCCCUCGCGCCAGCGCAAGCCAGUCCCCGCCAUAUUCUCUCGUCCCCCUCCCCUUACCACUCCCCCAGAUCAGCCUGCUACCGCCUUCCCCCUGCUCGCCUCCUCCCCCGCCCAAUCCCCCACCUUCCCCUGCUCAAUCCCCUCAACCUCCUUCCCCUCCGCACCCUCCCCCACACGCCCCCACAUGUCCCCAUCCAAGCCUCCGCGCUCCCCCACCCGUUCGCCAGCGCUCUCCCCCUCCUCGUCCCGCCGCUCCCCCCGCGCCUCCCCCCUCCCCCGAUCCCAGUCCUCCUUCCAGAAUCCCUUUCCUUCCCCAAAGCCCUCUCACGCACGGCACCAAUCUCUCGACCUCAGCAAACAUUCUCCCUCCUCCCUGCCCCACCAGAAGUUUGCCUCACAUACCGAUGGCAUGGGGACAGGGCAUGAUCACCAGCAGCAUCACAGAUCUGCCGCUGACUCAACUCCUGAGAGUGACACCACCGAUCUCUACCCCCCUGCACACAACCUCAUCCCUCCGUACCUGCCCAACUCUACCAUCCCAUUCGGCGCCACCACCACCCCAGAAAACAACCCCCCAGUGAAUGACCCAUUCCAUGCUACCUACCCCCCUUCCUCACCUUCCCACCCUCUCAUCGCUCCACCGGGACAGAUUGUGGCGGGAAUGGGUAUGGGUAUGGAGCAGAUCGAAGGGGUGUUCGAAUGGUCCCAGAGUGCGGAUUUUGAGGGGAGAGUGGCUGUGAAUGUGACAGGCGAAAGGGUGCGAGCGAGGCGUGUCACGCGGAGAAACUCGGUCGAUGCGGGGAUGCUGGGAGGCCGGGCUAGCUCUGGUAGUGCUGCUGAGUUGGGAAUGCGGAUGGGAGGGCAGGAGAGAGGUUCGAAGAGUCCUAUCAAGUCGUGCUUGUCCCCGGCGAAUGGAGUGGGAGGCACGAAGCUGAAGAAGCAGGUGUCUUUUAACCGCGUGGUGCGCGUGCGACGGUUCCCGUCCUGUGAUGCAAGCAUUGGCCAAUGA